AUGGCUUGCAAUAUGCAGAGGAAGCUGCAGGUAGUGAUCGUGGUCUCCGUGUUCGUGGCUUGUGCUGCAGGCAUGGCCAUGACGCAUCUGUCGAUGUCUCCGUCAGAGUACAAGAGGAACUGGCUGAUUUUUGUGGGUGUUCCACUGCUCUGCAUAUUGCUGGUAGGGACCUCCAUUAUCAUCAUGUUCAUGGAGACCAGCAGCAACAACAACCACGUUGUACGUGUCAAGAGCCAGGAGACACCUGAAGCACGAUGUGUUUGGGCCCCAAGCAGGUAUGACAUGCUGCAGUCGAUGAGCCCUCAGUUUUGCUGCGUCCACAUUGGAUCAGGCAGAAGGGAAAUGUCUAAAUCCAUCCCGGCACUGCAAUCAAGCCUUUCUGCGUCAUGUGCUCGUGAUUCUAUCUCGGCGACUUGUCUAUGUUGCUUGGAAGACUUCCGGCCAGAGAGCGAAGUGGCCCUUCUUCCAUGUGGCCACGUCUUCCAUGAAGAGUGCAUUACUUCAUGGUCCAUGUCUCCAUCCAAAUCUGCCAGAUCGUGCCCGGCGUGCAGGAUGCACUAUGAUGAAGAGUCCGUCCCAGUAUAG